GCUUGGGACGCUGCCGGGGUUCAGCUCGGCGGGCGCUGGAUGCUGCACCGGGGAGGACGGCGGAGGAGGAGGAGGCAGCCCCGCGCAGGUGCGUGGGAUGAAGGGAGCCUGACAGCCACCUGGAGAGGAGACCCUGGCCCCUGGGGAGCUGCUGGCCAUGAGCCGGGUGCUGCUGGCAGGCAGGAUGCAGCCGGAGAGCCGCAGUGUCUGCGUCUUCCUGCCCAGCAGGGAGCAGCUCAGCCUGGAUGUUGGGGUCAAAGCCACUGGACAGGAGCUCUUUCAGCAAGUCUGUGAUUUAGUGAAGAUUAAAGAGCCUCACUUCUUUGGCCUCAGCAUUGUUAAAAAUAAUGAAUAUGUUUUCAUAGACCUGGAGCAGAAGCUUAGCAAAUACUUUUCAAAGGAGUGGAAGAAAGACACCAAAGGAACAGAGAAAUUCAGCCCUCCCUUUGUUGCAUUCUUUAGAGUGCAAUACUAUGUAGAAAAUGGAAGAGUAAUAAGUGACAAGGUGGCACGACAGCUCUACUACUGCCACCUCAAAGAGCAAGUUCUGAUGUCCAGGUGCAACCACAAAGAAGAAAUCUACUUCUUACUGGCAGCCUACAGCUUGCAGGCAGAUUUGGGCAACUACAGGGAGAAGGUCCAUGCUGGCAAAUAUUUUGAACCUCAGGCUUAUUUCCCACAAUGGAUAAUUGCAAAGAGGGGGAGUGACUACAUCUUGAAACAUGCACCAGAGAUGCACCGGGAGCAGCAGGGGCUGAGCUCUAAGGAUGCUGUGCUGAAGUUCAUUAAGGAGUCCUGCCUGCUGGAAGAUGUGCCCGUCCACUUCUACAGGCUGCAGAAGGAUAAGAAGGAGGAUCGCCCCACAGUUAUCCUGGGCCUGACCCUGAGAGGAAUGCACAUUUAUCAGGAGGUGAAUCACGUUCGACAGCUCCUCUACGACUUCCCCUGGUCCCACAUUGGGAAGUUGGCAUUUUUGGGGAAAAAAUUUGAGAUCCAACCAGAUGGUUUGCCUUCUGCCCGGAAACUGGUUUACUACACGGGUUGUCCCUUCAGGUCACGGCACUUGCUGCAGCUCCUCAGCAACAGCCACAGGCUCUUUCUGAAUAUCCAGCCCGUGUUGAAGCAAAUCCAAAAACUGGAGGAGGCUGAAGAGAAGAAGCGCUACCGGGAGUCCUACAUCAGUGACACCUUGGACAUGGACCUGGACCCCUGUGAUAAGAACUCCCGUGGCAGUGGGAGCAGUGGGGGCAGUCGGGGGGACAACCGCCUGUCACGACAGUCCACGGGGAGCCACGGGAGCUCCCACACCUCAGGCAUUGAGGCUGACUCCAGGCACCGGGUGUCGGUGGAAAUGUCGGUGGAUGAGCCCUUCAGCAUCGAGCGAGUGCACAGGAAGGAGAAGUCCUGCAGCUCAACCAUCAGCUAUGGCAGCUCUGGCAUUGACAGUGGCAGCAAAGGGAGAGCUGAAGAUGACUCUCAGGAUGAUGAGCUGGAGCUGGCAGUGGAUGAGCCUGAGGAGGUGCCUGCAGAGGGAGACCAGAUAGAGGAGGCCACUGUGGGAGAAUCUGUUGAAUCUCUUCCCCUAGAUGCUGCCAGCUGCCAAGCUAUAAAUCAAGACUCACUGUCAGUGGUGCAAGUCACACUCAUUAAAAUGAGAGGCCAAAGUGCUGAAUCUCUUCACCAGGUCAGAUCACCCAGAAGCAGAAGCUGCACAGACCAGCACAGCCAGAGUUUGGAUGACAUCCGUCUUUACAAGCACAGGCACCCCCCCCUGAGUGCCACCCUGUCUUCAGACACAUCCCACAGCUACACUUUUGGCUGCAGCCUGGAGGACAAGCUGUCUAUCUAUGGCUGUGUUUAUUCCACAGCAGACUGCAAAACCAAGUCUGCCCUUUAUGGGAAGCGCUCCAUGAACUGCCUCUCCUUGGAUCUUCUGGGAGAGGACCAGCUCCCCGAGGAGUUCGUGGUGUAAAUGAGAUUGGAGCUCUUCCAUACCAGGGGGAACAGCUCAUCCUGGAAAUAUAUACCUCAUUAACACAGGUGAUGUCACUCUGGUUCUUGCAGGAGGUGGGGAGCAGCUUUGUUAUUCAGCUCUGUAAUCAGGAAGUGGCAUCACCCCUGCAGACCCAAUGUAUGGGGCAAAUCCAGUGGAUUGGAGCACUGGGAUGUUCCAAGUUUCUGCCUGAGCAGAAUGUGGAAGUGUCCUGCACUCUUUAGCAGUGUCACAACCAACAUAAAAACCAAAAACCAGUGGACCAAACCUGCCCCUGAGCUGGUAAAGCAAGCGCUGCCUCUCCGUGGAUUUAUCAGAAAGCAAUGGAAAGUCUCUCAGUUUAUUUUCCUGCCUUUCUCUUGUGGUCCAUUUGUGUUACUGUUAUGUACAGGUAGUUUGGUUGUCUUGAGCACUGCCAACAGCUGUCAGGCCAGGAUAUACUCUGGGCAUAUCUGGAGGGCUGUGCGUGGAAGUGUCUGCCCCAUUGUUCCUGUUGGAAUGAACACAAGUUGCCUUUUUGCUUUACUGGGAGCAAAACUUGCUCUGCCAGGAGUUAUUUCUCUCUCUUUUUUUUAUUUUUUCUGUUGUUGUUGCUGUUUUCUUUUGUUGUAAGCAUCCAGCCAAAUACAGUGUGUGUCCUUUGCCCCCCCCUUUGUUGUAACAAGUGACACUGUCUGAGUUGUCUGCUACUGCCAUGAUGCAGCUGGGUAAAUAAAUUGCUGGGGAGAUGAGGGGUGAGGAAAAACAAAUGACUUGGCUGCUUUUGGGAGUGCAGAAGACAAGAGAGUUAAUUGACUGGCUCUUGCAGACAGGAGUGUGACUGGAGACUUUGUCCAGGCAUGAUCACCCCUUACUUUGAGUCAUACUUUUAUGUUGUUCUUUCCUUUUGGUUUUUUUUUUAUAAAUCUGUUCCUUAGAAUUUUUUCCUCUGCUUAGCAGGCAAGUCCAGACUGGAGAAAGUCAUUUUGGAAGGACAGACAGUGACUGUGUCCAACUUAGGCAAGAAUAGGUCAUGCAAAUGUGAGUGUGUGGAGCUGGUGGUGGAAGCAGAUGGUGUUUGGGUGCCAAACCAAGGGUACUUGUUGGGUGAUUUUGGUGGAGUUAGCAGUGCUGGCUCUCAUUAGGCAAAUAAUGAUAAUUAUGCUGUUUGAGUCCACCAGUUUGGUGUGGAAAACAUCCUGCUGCCUUGUAACAUCCAAAUCCAGGUCCAUUUGUAUGAUUCUUUCCCUGUCCUCCCCUCUCCAGCUCCCAGCAUUUGGGAAGUUUGUUAGGUUGUUAGAGGCAGGUGUAACCUCUGCCCACCUUUAACCUCACAGCUGGAAGCUCAGAAUCACUUUGGCAGACUCCAGAAGCAGCCAGAUGUUACCCAGCUGGCUGAGGAGAUGUGUGUGUGUUGUGCAGAGCUGGAGGCAGCAGAACUGGGGGAAAGGAAGGAAGGCAGAGCACCAAGAGGAGGGUUUGAGCUACUGCUGGGUUUGCAGGCUCAGUGGUUUUUGGGUGGAUUGCAUUCCCAUAAACUGUUAAAAUAGCAAAUCAUCAGGUCUGUCAUCUCAGUGUUUCUCUGCAAGUGAGUGCAGGGCAGAGGCAGAGCAGGAGGGGGGGGUUUUACUCAGCUGAGGUAGCAUCAUCAGUGGUUCCUCUGAGAGGAACCCAGCACCAAACCCUCACUGUGUGUUUUUUGGGAUGAGUGAUGGGCACAAGCUCACUGCAGCCAUCACUUCCCUGCCCUCUCUGAUCACACCAUUGCUUCUCUCUGUAAAGAACAUUUGGGAGCUCUGCAUUCACCACACUCUCUCCCUUUCUUCCAAGCAAAGCCCAAAUGCCUUUACAGUGUGCUUCAGCUGUGUUCUCUGCAAACACAAGUCACUCCCCUAAGUGGAUGGAAAUGGGUAAAGACAUCUGGCUCCUCCUGCUUCACCCUCACCACCUCACUGAAGUCUUGGUUGCCACCAGGCUGCUUGGUAUUGUCUUUUGUUGUUGUUGUUGUUGCAGUUCCUAUGGAUUCAGUGAAGUGCUGUAAUCCUGGUUUUUCUGGUUACAAAAGCCAUGGAUGCCUGGAAACAGUGUAGUUGGCUCUUGUCUGAGAAUCCACUGCCUUAUAAGUAUGUGGGGUUGUUGGUUUUUUUUUAUUAUUUAUUCAUGGCUGGUGGGGAAGGCAAAACUCUCCAGGUCUGAACAUCAUCUCUCAGUGGUCUGCAGAGCUCCCUCCAGUACUGUGAGUUCCACAUGGAGAUGAAGGGGAGGCUGAACAAUGUUUUGGGUAGACUGACAAUGAAUUAGUAUCUUACAAACACUGUGAAUAUCUAUUAUGCAAGUUUUUGUAUUCAUAUCAAACAAAGCAAACCUGUUCCUGCUAGUAGUAGAUUUAUUUUUUUUUUGUUUGGCUUUGGAUUUAGAAGGUCUCUUACUAUUUUUGGUUUUGAUUAGUUGGGUAGAGGGUAAGUGUUUAUGAGCUGAUGUUAGGAGCUAGCUGCCAACAUUUGUACAUAUUUGUAA